CGUAGUUUGUCGUGCGCAGUAAGAACCGGCUUGGUUACAAUUUUUACAUUAUCUUAACAGAGAAGAACCAUAUUUCCAUAGAAUGACAGAGAUUAUUGUCUAGGUGACGUUACGUAGAUCAAGUACAGAUCGGGGAGGAGCGUUUGCUGAAGUCCUCGGCAGAGAGAAACCUUUAGUUUGGUUCUUCGCGUCGUGCACGUAUCGAUUCAAUGGCGCUAAAUUCAGCUCUUGAUUCACAGAUAUUUAUAAUCGGAUGUGGCAUCUCGGGAAUUGGUGCCGCUCGGAAAUUACUUAAACACGGUUUUCAUAAUGUACACAUCAUAGAAGCGACUGCGAGAAGCGGAGGGAGGAUACGAACGGGCAGACUGGGUGAUAACGUUGUAGAGAUUGGCGCCAACUGGAUCCAUGGUCCAUCGAAGGAAAACCCAGUGUUUCGUUUGGCAUGUGACUACCAGCUCCUUGACAAAGAGUCAAUGUCUGAAGAAAACCAGGCCAUUGACGUUGGUGGUCAUCCACUGUUUGUUCCCAACUGGUUUACCAGUUCAGGUCGAAAACUGGGGCUUGAAACGAUGGGGCCAGUGGUAGAGUUUUUCAUGAAAUUACUGGAAAGGAGUCAGCAGUUCCAUGAUGGAGGUGGAGAACCUCUGCCGAGCGUUGGGGAGUUUGUCAAGGCAGAGGUUGAACGACUGUCCCCAGAAGAGUGGAAGGAGGACACGGCUAGCAUUGCUACAAAAAGGGCCAUGAUAAACACACUGCUCAAGCUGGAGUGCUGCGUCAGUGGAACCCACACGAUGGACGAUGUAGGCCUGGGAGCCUUUGGCAUGUAUAAAACUCUCCCAGGAUUAGACUGCACUUUCCCAGGAGGUUAUGAAGGUUUAAUUGAUCACAUGAUGAAGGAUCUUCCCAAGGACAUAGUCUUAUACAACAAGCCAGUGAAGUGCAUUCACUGGAACUACACCAAGAAUGGACCAUCAGGAACAUCAUUUCCUGUUACAAUUGAAUGUGUGAAUGGGGAGAUGUUUCCUGCAGACCAUGUUAUUGUCACUGUCCCAUUGGGAUACCUGAAGAAGCAGCAGAGUACUUUUCUGAGCCCUCCUCUUCCUCUGCAUAAAUUGCACUCCAUCCAGAGAAUGGGCUUUGGGACCAACAACAAGAUCUUUCUUGAGUUUGAGCAGCCUUUCUGGGAUGAAGACUGUGAGUUGAUCUACCUCGUCUGGGAGGACGAGACGCGUCUUGCUGAUGUUGUUACUGAUGUAAAGAACUCCUGGAUCAGAAAGCUAACUGGGUUCACUGUGCUGAAGCCCACAGAGAGAUAUGGGCAUGUGCUCUGUGGAUGGAUUGCAGGACGAGAGUCUGAGUACAUGGAAACUCUCUCUGAGCAUGAAGUGCUGCACAGUGUCACACAGCUCCUGCGCAUAUUUACUGGAAAUCCAACUAUUACACCAAGGAAGCUUUUAAGAUCUCAGUGGUUCCAUGAACCCUAUUCCUGUGGAUCUUAUACCUAUGUGUCCAAAGGUUGCUCAGGAUAUGAUAUAGAUAACCUUGCUGAACCCUUGCCAUUGAAAGGCUCAAAUUCUAAGUCCUUGCAGGUGUUGUUUGCAGGAGAAGCCACACACAGGUCUUUCUUCUCUACAGUUCAUGGAGCGUUGCUGAGCGGCUGGAGAGAAGCAGAGCGUCUAAUAUCUCACUACACCUCUGCCUCUGAGUCGUUCUCAUCUAAACUCUGAAAACUGUACUCAUGUUCUGAAGAGUCAGAAGGAUCGACUGAUGUUUUUAUGAGAUCUGAAAGAUUUUGUGCCUUAGAAAGGGAAUAGAACGAAAAUUUGAAUGUAACUGCUGAAUUAUUUUAAGCAUCAUGGAUGUGCUGGAUGACCCAUGUUCAGUAUGAUAAUUAUGUUAAUUAUGAUAAUUGAUUCAGAACAAAAAAAAAAAAAUCUUACUGAAUGCCAGUACUUUGCACAAAUGUUAAUUCUUUUGUAAUAUGAAAAUAACUUUUUAUAUUAAGCAUAGUUUCUCAAAAUACUUUGGAGUAUAAAUUAUUUUUUCAAAUUAAAUUCUUCAUACACAUUGGGCAAUGAUUAUCCCCUUUAUCCACCCAUUCACUUUCUGUAAACUGUCAUUCAAAUUGUUAUAACCAUAUAUGGAUGAUUUCAGUUAUCUCAUAAAAACCUUAUGAUUUUUGUCAUUUCUGUUUCUUAACACAUUUGUAUAACAAAAUGCGUUUUUGUAAUUUAUUGUAAUUGAAGCAUUAAAACAGCUUGUAUUUAUGGGUUAGAAAACCGUUAAAGUACGCUGUUUAUAUACCUCUAAUUUCUUUGAAAAGUGAAUACAAUUACAAUUUAUAUAAUGCCAUUGUUUUGUUGUGAAGAAACAUACAUAAAUGGAAUUGUUGAAGAUCAAUUUAUGACUACAUACUGUUAUGUGAUUAUAUAGUCGGACCAUUAUAAUUGUUUUGUUGUGUUUCCAAAUUUUGCAUUAGAAUUGUACCAUGCUCUCUUUACACUUUCAGCACUUUAAACUACACUUUAUAUGUUUGGGUAAUAUAUUAGCCCAUCUUUUGUUCUCAAAAAGAACUGUACUUUAACACAAGAAUACUUUUGGGAUCCUGUUUGUUGCAUGGUCCAUAUGAAGAAAAAAAAAAGAAGCCAGAAUAUUUGCUGAUGACAUGCCAUGUGUAUGUGUCUUUCUACAGUCCAGAGGUCUGUAGAAGGUGCUUCCACUGAGAAAUGUGCAUUUCAUUGAUCAAAUACAUAUUAAUGUCACUUCCAGAUGCUACAUAAAAAUAAAUUUAUGAAGAAUGA